AUGUCAGACUCCUUGAAUUACACAAUAUCUGCACUGCCCUCCAGUGUCCCGUCAGUCAAUGGCGAUCCUAACACCACAUUGUGCCAGGACUGGGAGCAGUCUCAUCACCUGCUGUUCCACCUGGCCAACCUGAGCCUUGCUCUAGGUUUCCUCAUCCCCACCACAGUAGCGCUUCAUAUGAUCUUCCUCAGACUGCUGCUGAUGACAGGGUGCUUUUUGUUCAUAACGUGGGCCACAUUAUAUAGAUGUACAUUGGAUGUGAUGGUUUGGAAUGUGGUUUUCCUUCUGGUGAACUUCAUGCAUUUCUUCUUCCUUCUUUAUAAACGCAGACCGAUUAAGAUUGACAGGGAGUUAAAAUCAUUGUACAAGCGUAUGUUCGAGCCCCUGCAUGUACGUGAAGCUCUGUUUCAGAGGCUCACUGGCCAGUUCUGCACCAUCCAGGCCCUAAAGAAGGGCCAGGUCUAUGCAGUAGAAGAUAAAACCUCUGUUGAUGAGCACCUCAGCGUUCUUCUCAAAGGAAAGAUGAAGGUAUCAUAUCGUGGCCAUUUCUUGCAUAAUAUUUAUACCAAUGCCUUCAUCGACUCUCCAGAGUUCAGGUCAACUCAGAUGAACAGGAGUGAGAGGUUUCAGGUGAUGAUCACUGCUGAGGAAAACUGCAAGCUUAUCUGCUGGUCUAGAGAGCGUCUGACUUACUUCCUGGAGUCAGAGACUUUUCUGAAUGAGGUGUUCAGGUACCUCAUUGGCAAAGACAUCACCAACAAGCUUUACUCUCUCAAUGACCCAACCCUUAGUGACAAGGCUGUGAAGAAAAUGGACCGUCAUCCAAGUCUAUGUUCUCAGCUGUCUAUGAUGCAAAUGAGGAACAGCAUGGCUGACACCAGUGAGACAGACGAUGUCCUCAACCAGAUCCUGAGAGGCGGGUCAACUGGCUCAUCACUCCAGAAAACUCCUCUGACAAAAGUAUCCACGACUAUGAAGCCAAUUGAAGAAGGAAUGGAAGAUGAAGUUUUUGAACCUGAAUCCCCCACUACCUCCCAGAACAUUUCCAGGACCCCCAGAGAGGACAUGUAAAAUG